GAAAACUUAAAAAUAAUUUUAGAACAUGAAAGACAGGAAUACUCUUUGCACCUCUGACCUGUGAGUCAAAUCCAACAAGCACAACUCUCCGGAAACAAUUCGAAUUUCAGCAUGGUGUUUAGGUUUUAACCUGCCGGAAAAAUUCUUCAUUCCCAGACGUUAUUCUCUCCGAUCUCUGCAAAUUUUGCCAUAUCCGAUUUAGUCCAAGAGUAAUCGAAUAGAGAGGUCCAUUGAGCGAGGUGUACGCAGUAGCAGUAGCCAUAGUAGUUACACCAUAAGCUGAAAUGUCAGUUCAGGACUAUCUAGAUAAGCACACGCUCUCUCGGAAGAUUGAAGACGCUGUCAAUGCUGCUGUUAGGGCAAAAACUCCCGAUCCCGUUCUAUUCAUUUCUAAUCAUAUGCGGAAAGCUGUUCCUUCGGUGAUAACCAAGGUUAAAGCGAGGCAAAUUCUUGAUAGUAGAGGAAUUCCAACUGUUGAAGUUGAUUUGUAUACCAAUAAAGGAAUGUUCAGAGCGUCUGUUCCAAGUGGUGCUCCUACUGGAAUGUAUGAAGCUAUUGAGUUACGUGAUGGAGAUAAAUCCACAUAUCUUGGAAAUGGUGUGAGCAAAGCUGUUAAGAAUAUCAAUGAGAAGAUAUCUGAAGCUAUAGUUGGCAUGGAUCCAAUCCUUCAGAACCAAAUUGAUCAGGCAAUGAUAGAUCUGGACAAAACUGAGAAAAAGGGUGAACUUGGAGCAAAUGCAAUAUUAGCAGUGUCAAUUGCUGCUUGCAGAGCUGGAGCUGCUGAAAAGGAUGUUCCACUUUACAAACAUAUUGCUGAACUUUCUGGAAGAGGAAGCAAUGUUCUUCCUGUUCCUGCCUUCACUCUAAUAAGUGGAGGAAAACAUGCUGGGAACAAUUUGGCUAUACGAGAGAUUAUGAUUCUUCCAGUUGGGGCACAAAGAUUUGAGGAGGCAAUGCAAAUGGGAUCUGAAACAUAUCAUCAUUUGAAGGCUGUUAUUGCAGAGAAAUAUGGUGCACAUGGAUGUAAUGUUGGUGAAGAUGGUGGCCUUGCUCCUGAUAUCACCAGCUUUAGAGAAGGACUAGAUCUUGUUAUGGAGGCAAUUGGUAGAACAGGGUAUAUUGAUAAACUAAAGAUUGCAGUUGACAUUGCUGCUACUGAUUUUUGCAUAGGUUCAAAGUAUGACUUAGAUUUCAAAUCUCCAAGAAAGUCGGGACAAAACUUUAAAUCAGGAGAAGAUAUGAUUGAGAUUUAUAAGGAACUAUGUAGAGACUAUCCUAUUGUGUCUAUCGAGGAUCCAUUUGACAAGGAGGAUUGGGAACAAGUGAAGUAUUUUUCAGGGCUUGGAAUUUGCCAGGUUGUUGGAGAUGACUUGUUGAUGUCAAAUCCUAAACGUGUUGAAAGAGCCAUCCAAGAACAUGCUUGCAAUGCACUUCUUCUCAAGGUGAACCAAGUUGGGAGUGUGACAGAAGCCAUUGAAGUAGUGAAGAUGGCAAAAGAUGGUAACUGGGGUGUGGUAAUAUCACAAAGAAGUGGAGAAACAGAUGAUUCUUUUUUAGCUGAUUUAUCAGUGGGUCUUGGCACGGGUCAGAUAAAAGCAGGUGCACCUUGUAGAGGAGAGCGCUUAGCCAAGUACAAUCAGUUAAUUAGAAUUGAAGAAGAGAUUGGGGAUCAAGCAAGAUAUGUUGGUGACGACUGGAGGCAUUCCUGAACACUUUCAACUUUCAAUGCAAAGGUAAUACCGAUACCAGUUUGUUGUGUCAUAAUCUUUCUUUUCUAGAUCUGAUUUGUAUGGAGGAGUGUUUUGUGUUGUGUUAUCAUUGUGUAAACAAAAUUUUCAUGUAAAACUGAAACCAAUCUU